AUGACAUUACAACGCCCAAUGGCUUCCUUUCUGUCAGCCGGCCAGGUGCGUUGGCUGGAAACGUCGGCAGGAUGGAACGAACAGCCUUCAUCGCGAAAAGUGGCGUUCAGGGUUGAGCAUUCAGGGCUUCGGGACGCCAGUGCCACGUUCAUGCGGAUCGAGGACGUUGCCGCUGCUGAGGCUUACAACUUGGUGUUGUUGACUACUGGAGGGUUGGUCCAAGCAGUGAUGAAUCAGGCUGCGGGUUUCGGUUCGACGAUGCUGCUAUCAGCGACCACGUGUGAAGGCCGACAAGGUCGACUAAAAGUCACGUCCUUCGCCACGAGACUGGACAUUUUCCCUCGUGGAUCUUACCGUCAAUAUGGAACGGUGAAGAGAUCCAGCACGACGGUGAGAUUUGAGAACCCUAGGAAUGCAUAG